UGCCGCUGUUUAUGCGGCGAAAUCGGUCACAGGCAGACAGUAGGUGUGUUGUGCAUACAGCCACACGCGCAAGCAGAUGUGUAAAUACAAGCCGACAAAUCGGUGAGUGUUUGUGUGUGUAUUGCGAGUGUAACGUAUUCGGAUAUGUCACACAUCAACAUCAGCAGACAGCAGAAUAUCAGUUUGACGGCUCGGGCAACCGUAAGCGAAACGCGUGUAUUCACAACAUCAAGUGUAUUUAUUGAAAACAAUCGAUUUUUUUUCUUCUUUAGCUACUCGUGUACGGGCUUGAGAAAUCGCUCGCUUUUGUCGUUCAAAUAAUAAUUCAUUUGCUUAAACCGAAAAUCGAUAUGAAAUUGUGUUUCAUCGAAGACGACCGAAAUUGAAAGAAAUUCAGAAAAAGAAAAUCAAUAGAUCAUUGCCAUGGCAUAGAAUAAUUCAUAACCAAGAAUUAGUGAUUUUAGAAUCGUGUGCACGAUAUGUGAUAUGGGAACUAGUCGUGGUUUAUAAAUAAACAGUGUUGUGAAUUCAUCAUAUUAAUACAUAUGUGAACGAAUAAAAUCAAUCCAAUAAAAUCCAAAAUCGGUUCGAGUCCCAUCCAAUCCAAAGAAACUCAAAUAAUGUUCUCAUAAGAGGCACGCAAUUGAUUUUGAUUAGAAUUACAGUGAAGACGUGCGGGUUUUGAGGGCUUAGUUUUAAAUCAAAUUAAUUGAAUCGAAUUCCAUAGCAUUGAAAUUAUAAUUUUGACAUAUAUUCAGUCCCAUAAAUUCACCAAGAGAAACGAAAUCAAACAUUAGCUCUAGUUUUUAAAAAAAUGACGGAAUUACUGCAAAAAUAUUGGAACAUGGACUAUUUGACGGAGAAACACUUGGCUGGUUUCGAUAGUUACAAAUACAGUUCGAUAGACACGUCACCACUGAGUGUCAAUGUAAUGCAUCCGUUUUGGAAUUCACUUGUAAAGUUUUUUCCAAAAUGGAUUGCACCAAAUGUAGUCACAUUCGUCGGUUUUCUAUUCACCGCGUUAAAUUUCAUCAUUUUGUCAUGGUAUGAUUGGGGUUUCUAUGCAAGUACCGGCUAUGAAAAUACGACGCCGGUGCCGAAUUGGUUUUGGCUGCUUGCCGCCAUCAACAUUUUCCUUGCAUACACAUUGGACGGAGUCGAUGGUAAAUUGGCACGGAGGAUUGGAUUGUCGGGGCCGUUGGGUGAACUCUUUGACCAUGGAUUGGAUUCAUACACAGCACCAUUAAUACCAUCCUGUUUGUACAGCAUUUUUGGCCGUGGAAGUGGAUCAAUUCCACCAAUUCGAAUGUAUUUCAUCGUUUGGAUGGUGCUAUUCAACUUUUUCGUGUCACACUUUGAAAAAUACAACACCGGUGUACUAUACUUACCGUGGGGCUAUGAUUUCGGUAUGUGGGGAUCGACGCUCAUGUUUUUGACGACAUGGUUUGGCACAUUUGAGUACUGGAAACGUUCGUUGCCAUUCGGCAUCCCAUUGGGAUUAGGAUUAGAGUUUUUGUUGCAUGCCAGUGCCUUGUCAAGCGUUCCAAUGGUCGUGGUGAACAUAUACAAAUCAUAUAAAUACAAAACUGGCAAAAUGCGAUCACCGCUUGAGGCAGCCAGACCAUUUUUCCCAUUCCUAACGUUUUUGGCACUGUUCAUAUUCUGGAUACAGAAAUCACCCAGCAACAUUAUGGACGUCGAUACACGGGCGGUAUUUCUGCUCACUGGAACGAUUUUCAGUAAUGUCAGCUGCCGUUUGAUUGUGGCACAAAUGUCGAACACACGCUGUGAAGCCGUUCAUUGGAUGACACCGAUUUAUGUGGUAACAUUGCUAAUCAGUUUGUAUGUACCGAUUUUGGAACGACCAUUACUAUACCUACUCUGCAUUGUGACAACCGGUGCACACUGGCACUAUGGUACGAAAGUGGUGCAACAAAUGUGCGAUCAUUUUGGACGCGAAUGUUUCACUGUCACGCAAAAGAAAGUGCAGAAGAACGGUGUAAAGGCAAACUAAACGAUUCAUUUGAUUUAGCCUUUUUUAUCUACUUCAUUGGUUGUAUAUUUGCUUAGCUAUUGACCACCUAUUCUUAUCAUGAGAAGAGAAAAAUACAAAUGAAGAUCUGAUUAAUUGCGAAUCAUUUCAAGUCAAUGGAAAAGAUUGAACGAAGAAAAUUUAGCAAAGCCUCAGAGUUGAAUCAAUUGUAAUUUGUGGAAUGCUUGAUAGAUUUAAAAUCGAAUAAAUGCAGCUAGUUGUAUUGUUGUGUUAGCAAAUCUAGGUAGAUUGCAUGCAGUUCAAGUUUUUACCAUAGAUAUUUUUUUUUCGCCAAUUUUACAAUGCUUUAUCGCAUGCAUUAACCGCGUUGUAUUUUAAAUUGUUAAUAUUUUGUUUUUGCGACAAAAUUUGAGAAAAGAAAGAUAUUGGAUUUCGAAUACCUUUGCCAAUCCCAUUUGAGUCAGUAUUGCUUUGUUUAGUUUCACCUGAGAUUACAAAAAAAAAGUAUUCGCUAUUUUGGUACCAAAGAUAUCAAUGCAAGCACUUAGUUAGAGAAAAAAACAAAAAUGUAAUGAGAAAUGAUAAGAUUCAGCCAGCACUACCAUUUGGAUAACCGGAAUGCAAGGAACAUUCAAACAAAAUGUUACACUUGUAUGUAAUUCCCAUUCCGUUUAUCUACAUGAUGUGCUGGUUCUAGUGAUAAAUGAAGAUAAAGAAAAUGCAUGUUGUAUGUUGUACACGGUCGUAACGUUUAAUUGAUGAGACCAAACAGAAAAUGAAUGAAUUCAUUUGCUAAAGUGAGAACACUAGUAUUAGCCCAUUAUAAUGUGUUUAAACAAAUAACAAUUUUCAUGUAAUUUUACUCAAUGUUUCACCACAAUUAAUUUUUUUUUUUUAAAUCCAUGUUCACAAUCCAUGUAUCACAAAUAUCCGAAAAUCCACAGCUAAAUAGACGAUAAUCGAACAAAUGAUGUAAUUUGCUUUCAACCUCUCCUCCCGUUGUCAUGUUUUCCAAUGAACGAAACACACUAUAUAGACUUACCAAUCAAAUGUUUGAUGUACUCCAAUUUUUUUUUCAUUUCACAAGCAAACAAGUCGUCUAUACAUGCACCGAAAAUAUUUAGUUGAAUCGAGUAGCUAACAAAAAACAAUGGAUUCGUCAGAUUAUUUAUGAGAAAAAAAAUGUAUUUUAUUCUUAAUCAACAUGAAUCUUAAUGUAAUAAGACGAAUAUUUAUUUUUUUCUUCUAUAAUUUCAUCUACUUAAGAAAAACCCUGUGUCUUCUUGUACAAAUUAUUAAAAUGCAUUCAGUAUUCAUAUGAAUAAAAUGGACAUUUUUCUACGUUUAACGGACAUUUGGAAUUUAUUAAUACGGAAGGCAUUUUAAUACUUACCAAGUCUCUGAGCAUUGAGGAUAAUAUAUCGAAAUUCACUGAAAUUAUUUCAAAAAUCUAAAACGUAAAUAUUUGUUCUUUUGGUUGUUGUUGCAAAAAUGUUGUGUUCUGUGUUCCUCAUUUUGCGCAGUUCAAGGUGUGAAUAAUCAUGUUCAGGACCAUAAAUUUAAUUGCCCAUUCUUGAGAAACCAUUCUGCUUCAAGCUACAAACAAUUAGAUGAAAUAUGUGUAGAAAAAAAAUUCUAAAAAAUUUGAAUAUGCCAACGUUAGUAAUAAAAAUCAAUCAAUUUUGUGGACCUAAAUCAGUCAGUCAGUUGGUUCCUAAUCAAAACACACUGAAAUUUGCAAGCAAAAGCCAAAUAAAUACUCCAUUUUUUUGCCGGUACAUUUUGUAUACAAAAAUUAAUGCUGUUGAUUGUACACAUUAUGGACAAGAGAUGAUUAUGAUAAUAUGUAAUCGUCUUUUGUGUGCAGUGUUAAAGACGUCAUUAAGUGAGGUGGGCCAGUGAGCACUCAUGUGUAACGGUAUACAAGCUAUUAACAUUUCGGGCAGUCGGACGAAGUCAAUUGGCUCGUGCGAAUCAAUUCGAAGGUUAAUGGCGAAACAUGAUGAAGCAGAAACAAAAAUCGUCUUUUUUAUAAUCUUUUUUAAUAAUGUCAACCAUUUACUAUCAAUAUUCUUGCCGAAGAAACCACAUUGAACACUUCCAAAAAUGGCUUAUGCAAUGGAAAACUUUAUCAAAACUACAUGAAUAACAAAAAUGACUCCGAUUUACUAUACUAAUUAAUUUACUUUACUACUUCAAAUCUAUGUACUAUGUGUAAAUAAAAAUGUAAUUCGUAGCAAAAGAGAAAAAAAA